AUGGAUGGGUCGCUCGGAGAAGCCUUUUUAAUUUUGGAGGAAGAACGCCUUACAUGGAAGAAGAGGAGAGCUUCUACUGGUGAGAGGCAGAGGAAACACACAUGGAAUUCAAAACCUGAUCUCACUUAUGCUGAAAAGAAUGUGUGCAAAGAGGAUCUAGAUGAGAUUUCUCUGUACCGAUGGGAAUCAAAGUAUCCUUACAUAUUUUGGUCUCCUUGCACAUCGAAUUCCAUACAGAUGUUGAUGGAAGAAAUAGAUGAAACUCAAUCCCUUGAACCUAGAGUUAUUGGUGCAAGGCAAAUUGAGGAACGGAAAAGAAAUUCUGACUCGAUUUCCACCGUCCUAGCAUCUUCAUAUAGCACUGCCCAGAGGAUUCUCGAACUAGAGGUAGCACUUCGUGAGGUGGUAAUGAGCGAAGAACGGAAGAAAUGGAAGCUCAAUAUUCUGGAUGACGUUUCAAAUAUUGAAGCCACCAUCCUAGGAGACGACUUUUGGAGCGAGGCCCAUUCCUUUGUGCAGCUAUGGCAUCCUUUGCAAGUUAGGUGGCCAUCUUCAACAGAGAAUUCUUUCAUGGGUGCCGUUCAUGGCUGGCGGGUUCAGAUACUAGAAGCCUUAAUGAGUUCUGCAAUUGAUGAAGUUCCAUUGAGUCACUGCAAGCACUGUUGGCGCAGGGGUGGGAUGAGUUGUUUUCUGCCCUUCCCGCUGUGGUUACAUUCUGAAUCCUAUGUUUUUCAGGAAAGUUCUCAAAACGAGGAUAAAAUAGUCAUGAGGGGUUCGUGGGCAGUCCUAGGUAAGGAUGAACGUGAAAGUGCAGCGAGACCGAUAGUGAGGGAGGAGCUUGACUCUUAUUGGAGGCUUGAAGGGACUUUCCGUGAGGAAGAUGCCCUCGUUUGUAGAGACGAUCUAAGUCCCAACCGCAUGGUUGGAGAAUUUUGGUUUCGAAGCUCCUCGUUUGCUAGCUUUAGCAGAUCAGGUUCUGAGCCGAAUUUCGAGUGUUGA